GAGUGUGGGAAAUGUUUUGCACACAAAUCAGAUCUUGUUAGACAUAACAGAAGUCACACAGGUGAGAAGCCAUUUCCAUGUUCUGAGUGUGGGAAAUGUUUUACACAGAAAUCACAACUUGUUACACAUCAGCAAAGUCACACAGGUGAGAAGCCAUUUCCAUGUUCUGAGUGUGGGAAAUGUUUUGCACAGAAAUCAGAUCUUGUUAGACAUCAGCAAAGUCACACAGGUGAGAAGCCAUUUCCAUGUUAUGAGUGUGGGAAAUGUUUUGCACAGAAAUCACUUCUUGUUAUACAUCAGAAAAGUCACACAGGUGAAAAUCCAUUUUCUUGCUCUGAGUGCAGGAAAUGUUUUACCCGGAAAUCACAACUUGCUACACACCAAAGAACUCACACAGGUGAGAAGCCAUUUCCAUGUUCUGAGUGUGGGAAAUGUUUUGCGCAUAAAUCAGAUCUUGUUAAACAUUACAGAAGUCACACAGGUGAGAAGCCAUUUCCAUGUGCUGAGUGUGGGAAAUGUUUUGCACGGAAAUCAGAUCUUGUUGAACAUCAGAGAAGUCACACAGGUGAGAAGCCGUUUUCUUGCUCUGAGUGUGGGAAAUAUUUUUCCUGGAAAUCACAACUUGCUACACACCAAAAAAGUCACACAGAUGAGAAGCCAUUUCCAUGUUCUGAGUGUGGGAAAUGUUUUGCGCAGAAAUCACAUCUUGUUAAACACCAAAAAAGUCACACAGAUGAGAAGCCAUUUCCAUGUUCUGAGUGUGGGAAAUGUUUUGCGCAGAAAUCACAUCUUGUUAAACAUCACAGAAGUCACACAGGUGAUAAGCCAUUUUUA